UAGCCAAGCUGGGUUCGUGAAUGAAUCAGCUGUCAUUUUGCCUACUUUGUUUUCAAUUCGCGCAGCAAUAAACAACACAAAAAACCGUGUAAUCAAGUGAUUAAAAUUGCCAAGAAUGGCUCUCACGAAUGUGCUACUCCUCUCCCAGAUAGCCGGAAAUGCCGUGGCAUUUGUCCUGUCCCUGUGCAUUCUAGCCCCAUUGAGUCUCCAUGUAACACAAUUCGAUGGAAAAUGCCUAUUAUUCGCCCAAGGGACUUGGGGUGAAACUGAUGGGCUAUUCAAUGUCACCUGGCCAUCGCAGAUCAAUUGCAGCUUCCCAAUAAUCACCUCAGUCAUCUUGAUAUCUGUCUCCAUCAUUCAGAUCUAUCGAUUUGCUCGAUUGUCCAUCAAACAGGAGGAAGCCUCCUUCCUGGAGCUCUUCCUUGAUGUCUUCAUCGGCUUCAUCCUGUGCCUCAUGACAAUCGUAUCUGCGAUGAUAAUCACAAUAGGCUUCAUGGAUUGGUGCGCAGAUAUCACACAGAGAUUCCCAUCUUGCGAAAUAGCUGCUGGCCAGAAAAUCAUCAAGGGAGAUGACAAAAUUGACACUUCUGGAUUCUACGUACAAAUGGGUACUGCACAAUUUGGAGCAUGGGGAGCCUUUGCCACUUGCGUCUUGAUCACGGUAGCAGGUCUGUUGAAGCUGAUCAACAAUCACGAGAUGACCAACAUGAGAGUAUCAAUGUACCUCGAAAGGCAACGUUUGGUCAAUGAGGAUGCUUCUAGGGAGAGCCUCGAUACUCCAGGAGAUUUCUCCCAUUAAAGCACUGCACUACAGUCAUAUCACGAAUUUCUUAUCCAGUAACUAAUUAAUUAAUUAUAAUAAAUAAAUAAAUAUUCCAACCUCUUGUGAUCCCUCAAAAUUCUGGUGAAAUUCAUCAUUCGUUCUACUUAUUAGACAACAAAAAAUCAUUGAAAAUAGAAAGAGCAAUAGUGUAUUUGCGCGAGUUAAAUUAGAAUAAAUGUUUUUUUCUUAAUAAA